CGCGCGCGGGAGGGCGGAGCGGCGGGAAAGCGGCGGCGGCGCGGAUUGGCCGGCGGGGCCGCCCGGCGGCGGGGCGGCGGCGCCAUGGAGCUGGUGGCCGAGCUGCGGCGCGGCGGGGAGGCGCGCUCCGUGCGCGUGCGGUGCCCGGCGGCAGAGGAGGGGCCGGGGGGACGGCUGCGCGCGCUGCGCCUGGGGCUGGGCGAGCUGCAGGAGCGCCUCGCGCAGCUGCUGGCGCCGCUCGAGCGCCCCGAGGCGGGAACCGGCGGCGGCGCCGAGGAGGACGAGGACGAGGAGGAGGAGGAGGAGGAUGAAGAGCAGCAGGAGGACGGCGCGGAGGGGAGCGGCGUGCCCGAGGACCCCCCGCCGAAGAGGACGAGGGUGCAGCGGCCCUGACUGAGGCGGCCGGCGGCGGCUCCGCCCCUGCGGAGCUCGGCGGCGCCUCGAAAUGACAAUAAAAGGAGAAAAAAUUAAAAAA